GGAGUUGCUGCUGGCUGGCUGUGCCACCACCUCUGGGCACAGCGAUGUGGCUUUGGCAGGGGGCCUGGAUCUGACUUCCAGAGAAAGCCAGUCUCCACCUUAUGUACUAUUUCCACACAAACCAUGGGCCUGAAGCUGCUGAUCUGCUUCAUGGCAGAAAAUCUUGGUGGGUUCAUCUGUGUGACAGGGCAGCACCCAGUGCAGGUUAUGGGAGGGCUCUGGGGACAGAUGGAUAAAUGGGUGUGAUAUAGCAUCGGAAGCAGGGACGGGUUUCCUGCUGCCAUGGCACUCCAUAAACACGUCUCAUCUGAUUUCUGCCCCUCUGAUCAGCGCUGCUCACGUGUCCCUCUAACAUGGGACAGGGGAAUAAUGUUGCAGACCUUUAACCCAUAUUCCAGUAAGAAAGAGACUGUAAACUAAUGAAUGAUAAAUAUUGUAACAGUUUAUGAUGUUUCAGCAUUAUCCUGUUUACCAUAAAUACCUUCCUGUGAGAAGCAGAUAACGCUUUAUCCCUCGAUAGUUAUGCCAUCACAGCACAUCCUGUACAAUUUUUUUUAAGAGCACAGAUUUUGUUUUCUCUCUGAAGUGCCUUGCUCAGAUGGUCCGGUCACCAAGAUUUCUACAAAAAGAUUUUUGAGAAAGCUGGACUGAAUUUACAGAAUUGGGAACAAUGUAAAAUGGGGCUGCUGAGACAGAGGUUGGCUUGCAACAACAUUGACCCACCAUUCCCAUCAUUGUAAAAGAGUAGAUGUGGCCACCUGACCCCAGACUGGUUCUCUUUACUUGUGUUAGGUCUAGUCCUAUAGCCCUACCAUGGCAGCUAUGCCAUUUCAGUGGGAACUAAACCCCGUAGCUGCAGGUGACAUAAGUUCACAGUGGCUAGUGGAGCUCAAACUCCACAGGAUUUAAUGAAUGAUGUAUGGAUCAGCCCUCUGGAUUUGCACAUGCGCAUCAGUUACACCUGUAGGAAAAGUAAUUUAAAACCUCCUUCUUCCCCACCUCCCGCCACUUCUUGGAGCUGGCUUGCGUUAAAUAUUAACAAACCUUGUUUAUCAGUUCCCUGCUUCACUUGGCUUCUUUUAACAGCAGAUGUUAUUACAACAACCCCACUCCCCUCCCUCCCUGCUCGUCAGCAGCGCCGGUUGUGAAACCCAAGAGCCUGCUCCAGUAAUUCUGCCUGCAGCGCCCGGCCGCUGCCCCGGCUGCUUGCUGUCCCCCGCUGCGCUCCCUGGUAUUGCUGAUGCUGCCUGCCUUCGGCGUCAGCGAGGAGCUUGUGCCCUGAGCCACGAGCUGCAGGGAAAUACUGGUUAAGAGACAGAGGAGAGCGGCCCACGGGAAGGUGAGUUCCUGCAGGUGGAGAGGAGGAGGAGGAGGAAGAAGCAGUGAGGAUGGCCCGCAACUCCAGCACACUGCCCCGGGUGACUUUUCAGACUCCGGAGAAACCUGGGGAGGAAUCAUCACACAGGAAACUGGGCAAGCUAACCAUAAAGUACAACCGCAAGGACCUACAGCGCUGGCUAGACUUGGAGGAAUGGGUUGAUGCCCAGCUGCAGGAGCUGUACCAGUACCCGCUGAGAGAGAAAACGGAGGCACAAGUUCAUGGACCCGAAAUUGAUCUUGAAGAUCUCCUGGAGGUCCCUAAUGAAGAACAGAAACUAAAACUACAGGAAAUCCUCCAUGAAUGCUCUAGCCCAACAGAGGACUUCAUUACGGAAUUGCUCAGUCGACUGAAAGGUCUACGGAGAAUCACCAGUCCUCAGAAGAAAUUACCUCACCCAUAAGGGACACCCAGCUUUGGUCACAAGGAAACAUGCAUCUUCCCCACAAAAAAAAACCAACAGGAUCAGCAAGAUCACUUCAGAAUAUGCUUAGGACUUACUGUUAUUGAGACACAUCACCAAGUUUGUGAACUUUGUACCAGUGGUUUGAAGUUUCCACUCCUUCCACAUGUACGUGCACAGCAGGGAGCUAAGUUGCAUAUUCGCCUGUUUUUUAAAUGGUAUUUUAACCUUGGGGACAAGACAAGACAUCGUUCUUUUAGUUUCUUCUGGGAAUUUCCAUGCUGGCUGUGGAGCACUGAAUACAAUUCUCAGCAGCUCAUCAGAACUUCUUCCACCCACUGCAAGGAAAACAAGGCAUUGGUUAUCACUCAUUCAUCAACACGGAAAAUCAGUUACUGUGAAGCUGCACCCUCUUUCAAGUCCGGCUGGGACCUGACUGUGAUCUCCUGUUACUACUACACCUAACUCUACAGCAUUGAACAUACUUUGUCUUAUUAAGCCUCUGUCAUUCACAAAGGUUGGACAGAAAAUAUACAGUAGGAUUGAAGGAAAACCGCCAAGUGCAUCUGGUCAAUACUUAAGGGGAAGUUGGUGAAACAGCUGCUAAGGCUAAUGGAAGAGAUUGUGUUUCCUCUUUGUGGAAUUUGGACUUGAUGAUUUAUAAGUGUCUUCUGAAGGCCUGGGAAUGAUUUUCUCCUCAUUUAAAAAGACAUUAAAAAUGCUUAUUUUGUAUAUUAAAACAGAGAAAAUCAGCUAUGUGCUGCUUGAUUUUGCUCUUUUUUUUUUUUUAGACACUAAGGAAAAAUUGAACUGAAAACAUACCUGCUUCUAAUUUCCCUGCAGGGAGAAUUGCAGAGCGAGUCUUUGGCAGACAGGUAGGUCUCCCAAAUGAGAAGUGAAGUAGGACACUGACUUGCUGCACACACUCUUCUGGCUGUAACUAAUGUGUGGCUGGAAAAAUACAGAGAAAACUACAUCCAACUUCUCAGCAAGUCUGUAACUUGACACAUAUGGCAAGGAAAUAAGACAGCAAAUGGAGGAUGUCUGGCUAGGCAGAUCAGUCUCACGUUAUGUCCUGCCCCUACACUCUCAUGACUGCCACUCAAACGCAAGGGAUGAGUUGCUGAGUUGCAUCCAGAGGGGCUCCUACAUACCAGUAUGUUCAAAGCUAGCUUUUGAGUACAUAUUCUGUCAGACAAGAAGGGACAAAGGGGCCAACUCUGCAAGAAAAGGGACAGGAAGGUUAACUAAAACAAACAAUGACUCGGGCUGGACUAAUAAUAUCUUAAAUACAUUAGCUUCUUAAUCAUCAUCAAUAACAGUGAUGACUAUUACCUUCUGCAUCCCUCCUAUUUUUCAGCAGAAGUGUCAGUGAACAAGAUGUGAGCUACGUGCAUCUCUCAGCAAGGACAAAAUCCUUGCUGCUGUAAAAAUGGUGAUGUAAGGGCUUGC